GGUCCGGGGCUCGCACCGAGCGUCAUCUAACACUCACUAUUCGCUCUUGUUUUGACUUUGAUCGAGUUUUUCUCCGAAACUAGUCGAAAUGUCCAAUUUAAUCAAACUUUCCACCGUGAAGGUGAAGCCGGUGAUGAGUACCACCAUGCCCGAAGCCAAACGUCGAGUGAUGAGUCUAUAUAAGGCCUGGUUCCGUGCGAUUCCCACCAUCAUGGACAAGUUUGACAUAUCGGUCAGCGAAAAAGACUGCAGAGUCAAGAUACGGGAGAAAUUCGAGAUGAACCGAAACGUCAGUGAUAUCCGUACGAUCGACUUGCUGGUCAUGAAGGGCCAGAUGGAGCUUGUGGAAACCCUCAGACUGUUCAAGACAAAAUCUCACGUUAUGGCGUUCUUCAGAGAUUCGGUCCCCGAAAAACCAAAAGAUUUCUUGUCCAAGUUCCUAGACGGACAAUGA